AUGAGCAGCAACAACUUGGAUGGGAAGGACGACUUUGAUGAGCAAUUGAGAAUGCAAGAAUUGUACGGAGACACCAAGGACGGAGACACCCUGAAAGAUCUCGGCGGAGAAACCAAUUCUAUCGUGCAGCAGCCAAGUGACACCCCCUACGAGUGGGACCUGGACAAGAAGGCUUGGUUCCCCAAGAUAACUGAAGACUUCAUUGCUACAUAUCAGGCCAAUUAUGGCUUUUCUAAUGAUGGUGCGUCUAGUUCUACUGCAAAUGUGCAGGAUGUCAGUGCUAGGCCUGCAGAGGAACCGCCACAAAGAAACACCCCUGAACCCACUGAGUCCAAAAAGAGGGGAGAAAAGAGAAAGGCUGACUCAGGAUGGUUUCAUGUUGAAGAAGACAGAAAUACAAAUGUAUAUGUGUCUGGUUUGCCUCCAGACAUUACAGUGGAUGAAUUUAUACAGCUCAUGUCCAAGUUUGGCAUUAUUAUGAGAGAUCCUCAUACAGAAGAAUUUAAGGUCAAGCUUUACAAAGAUAAUCAAGGAAAUCUUAAAGGAGAUGGGCUUUGCUGUUAUUUGAAGAGGGAAUCUGUGGAUCUCGCAUUAAAACUUUUGGAUGAAGAUGAAAUUAGAGGCUACAAAUUACACGUCGAGGUGGCAAAGUUUCAACUGAAGGGGGCGUACGAUGCCUCAAAAAAGAAGAAGAAAGGCAAGGACUACAAGAAAAAGCUGUCUCUGCAACAAAAGCAGUUGGAUUGGAGACCUGAGAGAAGAGCUGGGCCAUCCCGAAUGCGCCACGAGCGAGUUGUCAUCAUCAAAAAUAUGUUUCAUCCUAUGGAUUUUGAGGAUGAUCCGUUGGUACUGAAUGAGAUCAGAGAAGACCUUCGAGUGGAGUGUUCAAAGUUUGGACAAGUUCGGAAGCUCCUUCUCUUUGAUAGACACCCAGAUGGUGUGGCCUCUGUGUCCUUCAGGGAUCCAGAAGAAGCUGACUAUUGUAUUCAGACCCUUGAUGGACGAUGGUUUGGUGGCCGUCAGAUCACUGCCGAAGUAUGGGAUGGGACAACAGAUUAUCAGGUGGAGGAGACCACAAGAGAAAGGGAGGAAAGGCUGAAAGGAUGGGAGACUUUCCUCAAUACUCCUGAGGCCAAUAAAGGUCUUCGACGUUCAGAUUCCAUCUGUGCUUCAGAAAGGCCAGGGCCUUCUAGAGUAAGGCAUUUUUCAGAGCACCCUAGCACAUCUAAAAUGAGUGCUCAAGAAGCCGCAGCUGAAAUGGCAUUUGAAGAACCUAUAGAUGAGAAGAAGUUUGAAAAAACAGAAGAUGGGGGAGAAUUUGAAGAAGAUGCUUCUGACAAAGACGCUGAAGAAAGUGGCCCUGAAAAAGAUGCUGAAGAAGGCUGCCUUGAAAGAAAGCCCGAGGAAGGCUGCCCCAAAAGAGAGCGUGAAGAAGACUACCCUGAAAGAGAGUCUGGAGAAGCCAGUCCCGAAAAGGUAUUUGAAGAGGGUAGUCCUAAAAAAGAGUCCAAAGAGAAUAGCCCCGAAAGAGAAUCCAAAAAGAAGAAAUUCAGAAAUGAUUGUGAAGAGAAUGGCCUGGAAAAGGAGUCUGAAGAAGAUGGCCCUGACAGGGAGUCUGAAGAGGACAGCCCCCAAAAGGAGUCUGAAGAAGACAACUGGGAAAGAGAAUCGGAAGCCUGCUCUGAAAGGCAGUUUAAAGAUGGCUCCGAAAAAGAAUUUGAAGAAAAUGGCUUCAAAAAAGAAUUUGAUGAGGAUGGCUCUGACAAGGAGUUUAAUGAAAACGUUUUUGAAAAAGAGUUAGAAGAAAAUUACUCUGAAAAAUCAGAAUUUGAAGAUGACAGCUCUGAUAAAGUGUUUGAGGAGGAAGGCUCUGAGAGAGAGUUUGAUGAAGAGUCAGAUGAAAAGGAAGGAGAGGAAGAUGCAUAUGAAAAAGUUUUUGAUGAUGAGUCUGAUGAAAAAGAGGAUGAAGAAGAUGCAGAUGAAAAGGGGCUUGAAGAUGGCGAGGAAAAGGAGGAAGAAGAAGAUGGAGAUGAAAAGAUGUUUGAAGAUUCAGACGACGAAGUAGAUGCAAAGGAGGAUGAAGAUAUAGAUGAAAAGAUGUUCGAAGAUGAUGAUUCCAAUGAGAAAUUGUUCGAUGAGGAUUCCAGCGAGAAGUUGUUUGAUGAUUCUGACGAGAGAGGGACUGUGGGUAGUUUGGGGAAUGUUCAGGAAGAAGGGCCCCUGUCCACUGGCAGCAGCUUUGUCCUCAGUAGUGAUGAUGAUGACGAUGAUGAUAUUUAAUCCCUUAAACUUGGCUUUUGAGGGCAAUUCCUCCAUCUACAUUUUGCCUCCAGGGUAAUUACUAGUAGUGUAACAUGAACAUGUGCAUAGUGGUAGAAUGCCAUCAGAUUAAUGCAUUGCUGUUUUCAUUGUCACCUGUACUUACUGGUUUUAAAUCUAAAAUUGGCUGUCCAGUUAAAACUUCAUAGUGUAAUGCAAACAAACUGGAUAUUUGUCCUUUGUCAGAUUUGUUCAGUGCAUGCAGAAUAAUAUUUUUUUCAAGUAUUCUGGUCGAAAUUUAUGAUAUUCAAAAAUAAAACUAAGUUGUUAAUAUGCAGAAACAAAUUGGACUUGAGUUAAAUUGCAUUUUAAAUUCUUGCUAUUGCUUUAUUCAUACCUAAGUUCAGUUUUUUUAAGGAUUUGAAAAAUCCCGUAGUAGCCUCCUUGCUUCCAGCUUAUGUUACCACUUAGGUCCCCAUUUCCUCUCUCUAAAACAGAACAUGUUACUAAACUUGUAAAUAGCACCUUGGAAUUUUUCCUUGCCCAGUUCUUGCAAGUAAUUCGUUUUUCUUUUCUACCUUCUUUCCAUGAAUAUUGACUAUUAGAUGUGCAAGAGUGAACGUCCUGAACUGCUUCCAUUACUGAAAAUAUAGAGAUUAGAAUUCUGCGUACUGUUUGGGCCCCUCUAGAAGUUGAUUAGAGCUGUGGGACCUCUCCCCAGAUAAGUGCGCACACUACACAACUUUUUGUAUACAGUUUUGGGAGGUUCAUGGAUCCCCUGGAGUUUAAGAAUGUCUUUUAUCGUUAAUACUUUUCAGUUUUGUGUUUUUCCUAGAAUCGUUGUGCCUAGUACUGUGCUAAAUUGUAUAGUUCCAAUAAAAUUUUGGGUCUUUCUUGCUUGUGCUUUCCAAAUUCAA